CUAACUCAAAAAAAAGCACAUGAAAGUAAAGUUUUUUUUCUUUCGCCGCAGACUUUUCAGCAGGCAGCUUAAUAUUGCUUCCAAGGAAAUCGAAGUUGGAACUACUUGUUUCUCGUCACACCUGCUCGCGCAGAAACAUGGCUACUUCCUCACCCGGCCUCUCCGUCUCCGUGGACCGCUUUGACAUUGUGAAGGCAAAGGCUGAGUCUUUGCUGCAGGGCGUUCUUCCCGCGGGGGUGAGUGGACGGCAAUAUGUGUUGUACACGUUGAAAGUUGAAAUACACACUAACGCGCACAGAACCGACGUCCACAAGGUGCAAGUGCGGUACAGUGACGUCCAGGCGAUGCACGACCGCCUGCAGCAGAUCACGAGCUCCGAUCUGCGAUUGCCCGCGCUCCCGCCCAAAACUACCACCCGACGGUUCGACGGGCCCUUCCUGCAGGGGAGGUCCCAAGACCUCGAGGAGUACUUCCUGGAAUUGUGCCACCGCCCGGCGCUGGUGGCGUUGGCGCCCGUGCAGAGGCUGCUGCAGCUCGAAGCCGUAACGGCAAGGGUGAAGCGCGAAAAGGCGGUUGCGCGAAACGCCGCGGCGGCGGUGCCACUCCCCGUUCCGGUUGCGCUGGUGCGAACGAAGAACGUGGUGGCAUUCUCCUACAAUUCUGACGACGGAACUUUGCUGGCAGCGACGGAAGGAACAACUGGUGGCUCCGCCGAUAGCUCUUCUGCGCGGCUGGCGUCCAGCCUACCGACCAACUCGCCACCGCUAGCGCUGUCGAACGGACGGAGCAGUACAAGUAGCCACUCGAGGGCAGUUUCCGCGUUGACGAUGUGGCGGGCCCGCGGCGGUAACAAGGAUUCGGAACAGUUGUGGUCCGUCAGUCUGCCGUCGGCGAUCAAUUGCGUCGCGAGCGAUUCCACCGACGUGUUCGCGGGUCUGGAGAACGGCGAAAUCGUGCACCGGAAAGCGGGGCGGCACGUGGCGACCGGCACCAUUUCCGAGACACACCAGCGUCUACAAACGCGGGGACUGCAAGACAUGUACCUGCCAGACAUUUGCGCGAGCAAUAGUACAGGCACGACAGCGAGUGCGUCGUCCCCGUCCACAGCGACUUCUUCGACAAAUCUCUUGUCCAACUCUCCGACGAUCGACGCUGGCAAUAACAAUAAGCCGGCAAUUACGGCGCUCCUGUUUGAUGGCGAAACUCAUAAGAUUCUGCUCUUCGGCAGUGCGGAGGGGAAGUGCUGGCUAUACUCGCUUACUUCCCAGCGGGUCACAGGCGAAGUGCCGCUCCUGCCCGCAAAUGGGACGUCGACAUCGGGGACAGUAGUGAUGGCCACUGUUUUGAGGCAACUGAAAAGCGAUGAGGGUGGCACGCGGGCGAUCGCGGGUUGCUCCGAUGGCGGGAUACGACUACUCGAGUACGCCCCGCACGAACGGUGGCGGGCGUUGCGCCAGCGCGGAAAUGCGGUGAAGAUCUUUCCGCUCCAGCGCGGGGCCUCGCCACGACAUGCCGAAGAUUUUCGUCGGCGCGCAAAAAUUGCAAAUCAUGCCGAGGUUGCUGACGUCGCGGUGAAAUCAUUUUCGUCUGUCUCUAACGGCGGAUCCUUUUCGGGCAGUUCCACUUUUGGUCUCAUUCUCCUGGACGGCGCCAGCACGGACGUGGCGUGCGGGAUUCUCCAACCCCCGGGUGUUAGAUCUGAGAACCCGACGUUCACCUUGAUCUACUGCAUACCCGCGCGCAUUGCGUCCCUACCGUCCGCCGCGAGUGUCGCCUGGCUGAUGGCGCCGACCGCGGAAGAGGACUUCCGGUUCGCGAUUAUUGCGAUCGACGGGACGCUGUCGGUGUACACGUACAACAAACACGACGAAUACGCCAACGAGAUGGUCCAACCGCGGAGCAGCUAUUCCAUGCCCUUGCGCGACCACACGGUCGGUCAGGUCACCGAUGCCAGCUGCUUCCCUGGGCCCCGGCUUCUGAUUGGCAGCAGCGAAGGCGUCACGUUUUUCGACUUCCCUCAGCAGGACGGAAAGCUGGAACUCUCCAGCUUUGUCUCGGUCGUGGACGAAAACGAGUCCGCCCGGCGGCCACGCGCAACCGCCAUCGUAACGCGCACGCGCGGAGGCGGCGGACACGUGAACAUAGCGAUCCCAGGCACAUCAAAUGGAACAAACACCAGAGCAGCAGCGCUUUCUUCGAAUCAUUGGUCGCCGGACCCGCAUCAGCAUCCGUUCCGCCCGGAGCAUCAUGUACAACAGCAAAACACGACGACACGAGGGCACAACAGAUCGCCGCCAACACUGAGCAAACCGAAUUAUGGUGGCCACCAUCAAAGCUACACUUCGCAAUCUCCGGUGAAACGGCUACCCUCGACAGCACUUCGGGGAUCGGGCCCAUGUUGCGGCGAUGACUCUUCCGACGAGGACGAAAGGAGAGCGCUGGCAACCUGGGACCGGUAAAUUCGCCGGCUGUAUGCACUUUGAUAUGCGCGAGAAUCCACUUCCUUGCUCGUUGAAAUCGAAAUUCGAAAAAUCAUAGAAAAAAAUGAAGCUAAGUAACAAGAAGAAUCAUAUACAAACACACAGAGUUGUGGCCGCAGCAUUUCCGCAAUCACAUUUUCCAUGGUUUUUUCGACGUAGAUGCAAAAAAUGCAUGACAUUUCUUUGCUGAUGCGCAAACACAUCAAGAGUUUGUAGAUUGUUUUUCAGGUUGAAACAAAACCGCAAGCGCAUGUAGGAAAAGCACUGCCCAACCCAAGAGAAAAAACUCGGUAUUUCCUAUGGUUUGUACCCCGGUAUCCGC